AUGUCCAACGUCCAACAGCUGUUAACCACACCAGUGAUAGACUACCAUGAUGAGCUAGAGGUUCCAAUUGAUUGCGAGAAUGUUGUACUUUGUGACAAUAAUGUAUUGUUGACAAUCAAAGGCAAUACUGUGACAGUCUACAAUGGACUUCUAAAAAGUCGAGUGUUGAAAUUUGAAGACAACAUUAUCAAAGCAUGUGUCACUUCGUUUCUAAUAAAGAGUGUACCUACUCAAAUUAUGGCAAUAUGUUUCAAAAAAUAUAUAAACUUCUACUAUCCUAGUGGGAAAUUGUACACUUUGCAUUUGCCAUUUGAUGUUGUUUUGGUCAAGGAGUAUGAAAGAGGUUUGGUCUUGCAAACUAGAACCGAACUCUACUUGAUAAACAAGGAUCUCGACCUAAAGUUUGUUGACACUGAUACAAAUAGUUCCUUUUAUAACUAUGAAUACGUGACAACUUUCAAUCAGCGAGAUAACGGUAUUUCACUAUGCACCACAUUCAUUGAUGGUGAAAUCAACGUUUACCAAGUGAAAAACUCAAGUAGGAAUUUCAAGCUCAAUGCCAAACCUUCGAGCAGGCUGCAAAAAAAAAAGUAUUAUUCGAUGUCGAAUUCUUCAAACAAAUACACCGAACCAAAACUUAGUCAAAUUUUUAUUCUGGAAAAUCGAACAAGUACGUUGUUGUCUGAUGCAAGAGUUCUAAAUCCUGAACAAACUCCUAUAUCAAGCUUGCGUAAAGAUGUCAUAUUAUCGAAAAUCGACACUAUAGAAAGCAAGCUUAAUAGAAACCACGUCAAGAUAUUUAGUGUCCCAUUUGAAAAUCAAGAAGGAGUAGUGGUAGUCAACAAGUUAAAACAAGAGCUACAUGUGUACAGCUACAAUUCCUACUCAAGAAGCCUGUCCAUUUACAAAUCCCCCUGCCUUGAUUGCAUUCCUUUGAACUCUAUUUUUGAAGGCAAUUUGAUCGUCUUAACAGAUGAUGGCUUAUUCAUUGUCAAUCCAUUCAUCGAGUUGCGCACUUGCUGUCAUACAUACCUACCCGCAUAUAUGCUACUAAGCUCAAACGAUGGGAAAGUAGCACUUCGAUUGAGAGAUGAUUCAGUUCGGUUAGUAAAGAUCAUAUUAGACCCAGUAUCGGACUUGGUCCUGUCUUGUUUAAGAUGCUUCAAGUACUUGUCAGGAUCCACUGUUAAUCAAAUAUUUUGGCUGCUUUGGCGUACGGCUUAUAACAAUUGUCAGUCUGAGUGGAAUGCAUUAGUUGUGGCAUUGUUGUCAUUAACUGUUCCCUUUCUGGAUGAUUUUCAAUUUACGCCAAACGAAGUCACGAAUCUCCUUCCACAAGCCAAAACACUUCGCGAAACUGCACAUGUAAAUUACAAUUUGCAGGAUUUGAUACCAUACAUCGUGGUGUCGCUCCAUUUACUUCGAGAAGAAUAUAGAUUGGAUGUCACUAAGAAAAGCUACUUGAACAGACUAGGGGCAUUAUUGAGUCAAUUGACUAUUUGGAUGGGCUGGCCUGAUAUCUGGGUCAACUACUACAAUGCCCCUUGCAACCUUGAUAAAUCGAUCAAAUUUCUUCUGCUACAAAUUAUCCAAUCACCACCGAACCUAUUUGAAUCGUUAGCUAGUUUAUUCACCGACAAUAUUGUACGGUAUUUAUCAUUUUCACAAUUAGUUGAAGAAAGUGAUUCAGUAGAUGCCAUUGUCACGCCUAUAACAAAUAUCGUUUUAAAACUUUUUGAGGUGCUUGUGUCCUCGCAGUAUGGACCUUCACAUUUGGUUGAUAUGAUGAGUGAUCUUGGGGUUACUACUCUUGAAACGUUUCCAUUGGGGGUUUCCAUACCUUUGAAAGAAGCAUUGCUGGUUUCCCAAGAGCAUCCCACUUUUGAAUGGACGUCAGAUGCACUUUUAUUGACAGGGCGGGAGGAUUUGAGUAAACUAUUAUCAAACGAUCUUUACCGUGACACACCAAUUGAGAAAACCGCAUGUGAUGAUAUCGAAUCGUUGAUUAAUGGCCUUACUUCGAAUGAAGCUGUAUCAUCUUGGGAUGAUCAAUCAGAAGCUAAACGAAUGGGUAUCACUAAGUUGAUAUUUGAUCACGAUCGAAGGUAUUUUGAGAUCACAACGUUGCUACACCAAACAAAGAUGCAAACUGCCUUUUUAAAAACUGAUGACUCGAUAAGUGAAUAUGAUCUUCUUUUACUUCAAAGAAAAUUGGCCAGUAUAGUUGCAAUACGAACCUUGACUAUACCCAUGGGUAGAGCUGCGUUGAACUAUGGAGGGCGCAAGCCUUUAUUAACAGAAAAGUAUCCCAUCCCAAAAUUUAAUUUAAAUACAUUGAUCUCACCAACAAUGACUACCAUUAUUCCAUCGGAGGAUAGUAUAUCACAAGAUUUAUUAGAGUGGGGUCAUUUUCAUAAUGGGGUGUCUUCUGGUCUAAGUAUUGCAAAAAAUUCAAAGGGAAUAUCAGGAAGUUGGAUUAUAUUCAACAAACCGCCCGACUUGAAUUCACAACAUGCGGGAUUCUUGUUUGGAUUGGGGUUGAAUGGCCACUUGAAAAAACUUGAGGAAUGGCACAUUUACAAUUACUUGGGUCCAAAGCAUCCUUUGACUAGUGUUGGGCUACUUCUUGGUAUGGCAGCAAGCUUACGUGGUACCAUGGAUAAUAAACUAACCAAGGUUUUAUCGGUCCAUGCCGUUGCAUUGUUACCGCAAGGGGCGAAUGAUUUGAAUGUACCUAUAAUGGUGCAAACUGCAGGGUUAAUAGGUAUUGGCCUACUUUAUUUGGAGACACAACAUCGAAGAAUGAGUGAGAUUUUGCUUUCACAAAUUACCGGUUCCGUUUUCCAAAAUGAUCUGGAGCAAGUUCAUGAAGGUUAUAGAUUGGCAUCAGGAGUGGCAUUGGGAUUUGUAAAUUUGGGUAAAGGUGAUGAUUUAAAGGGGCUUAAUGAUACCCAUGUUGUGGACAAAUUGAUAGCAGUCGCAACAUUUAUGAAGAAUGAUCAACCAAAUUUGGAGUUAGACAAGUCGUGUUGUGGGGCUAUUAUUGCUUUGUGUUUGAUAUAUCUUAAAACUGAGAAUGCCAAUAUUGCUGAUAAAUUAGGUAUUCCAGAAUCUGAACAAUUAUUGGAUUAUAUUAGACCUGAUUUAUUAUUUCUUCGAUGUAUGGCCACAAAUUUGAUAAUGUGGAAUAAGAUUGGGUCGACGCGUAAAUGGAUUGAGUCACAUGUACCGACAGCAGUACUCAAUGAAUUCAACAAGAUUGAUGGGUUCAACAGAUUAGACAGUGAUGAGCUUAUCUUUUUCAACAUCUUGGGUGGUUCAUGCUUGGCAAUGGCAUUGAAAUAUGCAUCAUCAUCCAACAUAGAGGCAAGAGAUGCUAUAUUGUAUUAUCUUGAUAAAUUGAUGUUGUUAACAAGCAAGUCGGCAACCAAUUACGAUGAGAAACUCACAUACAACACUGCUAUCAACAUUCAAAACAUAUUGGCUUUAUGUGCAUCAUUGAUAAUGGCGGCAAGUGGUGAUUUAAAAGUUUUUCAACGGUUACGUGUAUUGCACAACGAUACUAGUAAAUCUAUGGGAUAUGGCGGAUUUAUGGCCAUUAAUACUGCAUUGGGAUUCUUAUUUCUCGGUGGAGGUCAAAUGGCAUUUGAUGAUUCAUUAUUUGGUAUUGCUAGUUUGAUCACCAGUAUGUAUCCUAUUUUCCCAAAAGAAAACAGUGAAUAUGAAGUCCACCUACAAGCAUUGAGACAUUUUUGGGCAUUGGCUAUUAUUCCACGAUGUUUGGUAGUUAAAGAAGUUGGUACUAAUGAACCAUGCAAAAUACCAAUAACCAUAACCAUGAAGAAUGGUGAAGUUGUUGAAAAAUUGUCAUCUUGUUUGCUUCCCAAGAUUAGCGAUAUACAAACAAUAAGUACAAAUUCGAUUGAUUAUUUUGAAGUUGUUAUUGAUUGUCAAUUGAGAUCAGAAAUUUUGGAAAAUUUUGAAAAAUCAUUGACAAUUUAUGUUUACAAGAAACAAAAUUAUCAGUUGUUACGACCAAAUAUUAGGUCAAUGUUGCAAAACAAAAGUCGAAACAUUAAAAUUGAUUCCGAUUCGGUGUUAAAUUGUGGAUUGUUUGAACUGCUUGAUUUAAACAGCAAAGAAAUUUGGGUUAAUGAAUUCGAAUCAAAGAAGAAAGUUUCUUAUUCUGGAUUAACUAUUUUCAAUAUUAUUGAUGAUAAGUUAAGGUUGAUGAAGAGUGUUGAAUCGCCAGAUUCAAUUGAAGAUAUAUGGAAUUUGAGAUUGUUGUUUGAAUAUGCCAAUACCUGUAUUGAAAAUGAUGAUUUACAUUAUAUUCCAUUACAGUUUAUUAACCAAUUGAAACAGAAAUUGUGGAAUAAGGUGGGCUAG